AUGAAACCCUCACUCUAUCUCCUGGGUUUAUCACUCUCCCUGCGUUCUUUCGUCCUCGGUACAUCAGACGCGGAUGAAGCAGACAUAGCGGGUAUAGGUCCUCGACGGCCCCUCGUCGACUCGGAGAAACUCCAAGCUUCGAUUCACGCGAACAACCUCCUGCACCACGCACGCCAGUUUGAGAAGUUCUCCGACCUCAGUAACAGGAAUCGCGCCUUUGGCUCGAAGGGACACAACGCGACUGUCAACUACAUCAAGCGACUGCUCGACCAGACGGGAUACUAUGACACCUAUCUGCAGACCUUCCCGUACCAGUACUCGGAGAGCCGCGUUUCGUUCUCUGCGAAUGAUGUGUCGUAUGAGACUACGACAUUCACGUAUGGACCGACUGGGAACGUCGAGGCGCCCCUCGUUCCCGUCGAUGCCCUUGGAUGCACCGCGGCCGACUUCCCGGAUAGAGUCGCAGGAAACAUCGCCCUCAUCCUCCGUGGAGAGUGCGAGUUCGGAUUGAAAGUCGCCCUAGCCGGCGCCGCUGGAGCUACAGGCGCCAUCAUCUACAACAACGCCGAUGGCAAUGUAGGCUCGGCGACACUGUCGCUGCCCAGCCGUCCGGAUGUUGGACCAUAUGUACCUGUCGCUGGUCUCUCUGGUAUCCAGGGAAACGCUCUGAAGGCUGCCAUUGAACGCGGCGAGGAGGUGGUUGGUAACCUGCGGGCAACAGGGUUGACUGAGAUUCGAUACUCGAGCAAUGUGAUCGCUACGUCUAAGAUCGGGGACAAGGAGAACAUCGUCUUUGCGGGAGCGCAUACCGAUUCGGUUCCUGCUGGUCCUGGUAUCAACGACGACGGAUCCGGAACCAUCGCUGUCCUCGAGAUCGCGCUCCACCUCACAAAGUACCGCGUCAAGAACGCCGUCCGCUUCGGGUUCUGGACGACCGAAGAAUUCGGGCUCGUCGGCUCAGAAUACCACGUCACCAACCUCUCCGACGAGGAACGCCAGAAGAUCGCUCUCUACCUCAAUUUUGACAUGCUCGCCUCCCCGAAUGCGGCGUACUUUGUCCAUGACGGAGAUGGAAGUGAUUAUGGACUUGUCGGGCCGGCGGGCAGUGAUAAGAUUGAGAAGCUGUAUCAGGAUUGGUUCGAGGCGAGAGGGCUGAAGACUGCUCCUGCGGCGUUUAGUGGGUCUAGCGACUAUGAUCCCUUCUUGCAAGUUGGGAUUCCAGUUGGUGGUGUUCUUACCGGUGCCUCGGGCUUAAAGACGGAAGAGGGAGUCGAACAGUGGGGAGGAGAGGCUGAAGUUGCAUACGACAAGUGCUACCACCUGUUAUGCGACACGGUGGAGAACCUUAACGUUCCAUUCUGGGUUAACAACGCGAAAGCUGCGGCCCACUCGAUCGCUACUUAUGCUCGCUCGUUGGAGGGUAUUCCUCGCGACCAGCGAGUUUCGGUGGCUGGCAGUCUUCCUAUUACCAAAUUAUCUUGGGACGAGCGCAAGCACUUUGCUUGUAAUCAUCCCGUCUCCCAGAAAUAAUGUAUUUUGUAGCAUUGAAUAACUAUUGGACGGGAAUGCUCGUUGA